UCUCUUGGUCCCAACCCACACUUAAUUCCUUCACUUAACCAAGAAAGCAAUGGGGCCUCACAGCCUUAAUGUCAAAUCUUUCUUUGGCAUUCUUUUAAUCUUUGCCUUCUUAACUUGCUUCGCCAUUGCAGAGAUUCAUUACCAUGGAUUUGUUAUUGAAUCCAAGCCAGUGAAGAGGCUGUGCAGAACCCAUGAGACAGUGACGGUAAAUGGGAAAUUUCCAGGACCAACAUUGGAAGUGAGAGAUGGAGAUUCCCUGGUGAUCAAAGCUAUAAACAAAGCUAAAUACAAUGUCAGCUUGCACUGGCAUGGAAUCAGAUUGCUUCGGAAUCCAUGGGCAGAUGGUGCAGAACACGUGACGCAGUGCCCUAUCAGACCUGGAAUGUCUUAUACAUACCGUUUCACCAUUCACAAUCAAGAGGGGACUCUCUGGUGGCAUGCUCAUAGCAAAUGGCUUAGAGCUACAGUUUACGGAGCUCUUAUUAUCUACCCCAAAUUAGGCUCUCCUUAUCCCUUCCCAAUGCCCAGGAGGGAAAUCCCUAUUCUUCUCGGAGAAUGGUGGGACAGAAACCCCAUGGAUGUUCUGAGGCUGGCAACUUUCACAGGAGCUCCUCCAAAUUUGUCAGAUGCAUAUACAAUUAAUGGACAACCGGGGGACUUGUACAGAUGCUCCAACAAAGAAACGGUGAAAUUUCAAGUGAAAUCUGGUGAGACAAUUCUGCUGAGGGUCAUCAACUCUGCCAUGAAUCAAGAUCUCUUCUUUGGGGUGGCCAAUCACAAGAUGACUGUUGUGGCUGUGGAUGCCUCAUACACCAAGCCUUUCACCACCAAUGUAAUCAUGAUAGGUCCCGGUCAGACCACCAACGUCCUUCUCACUGCUGAUCAGCCUCCAGCUCGAUACUACAUGGCAGCGCAUGCCUAUAAUUCUGGCAAUGCAGCGUUUGACAAUACCACCACCACAGCCAUCCUCAAAUACAAAUCCACAAAGAGAAGACAGUCUUCCAAGCCAAUCUUCCCACAGCUGCCAGGGUUCAACGAUACAGUCACUGCCAUAGCAUUCACUUCGCAGCUAAGGAGCCAUUCCAAGGUUGAUGUUCCAGUCCAUAUUGAUGAGAGAUUGUUCAUCACAGUGGGGUUAGGCCUGAUCAACUGUCCGAACCCAAACAGUCCCCGGUGCCAGGGUCCAAAUGGAACCCGAUUUGCAGCCAGCAUGAACAAUGUUUCCUUCAUUUUCCCAAGAAGGAACUCUUUAAUGCAAGCAUACUACCAAGGCCAACCUGGUGUCUUCACCACAGACUUUCCUCCAGUUCCUCCUAUCCAAUUUAAUUACACUGGCAAUGUCAGCCGCAGCCUCUGGCAACCUGCUCCGGGAACUAAGCUGUACAAGUUGAAGUUUGGUUCCAAGGUACAGAUUGUGUUCCAGGACACGAGCAUUGUCACAGUUGAGGAUCAUCCUAUGCAUACUCAUGGAUACCAAUUCUAUGUUGUCGGUAGUGGGUUUGGAAACUUUAACCCAAGAUCAGAUCCGGCCAAGUUCAACCUUGUUGAUCCACCAGAGAGGAACACCAUUGGCACUCCUCCUGGUGGAUGGGUAGCCAUCAGAUUUGUUGCUGAUAAUCCAGGAAUCUGGAUGAUACAUUGUCAUGUAGACGCUCACCUAACCUGGGGCUUGGCCAUGGCUUUCCUGGUUGAAAAUGGAGUUGGGGAAUUGCAGACGGUGCAACCUCCACCACUGGAUCUGCCACGGUGUUGAGAAAGCAUGACUGGCUAUUCAAGUCUGAUAAUCUCAGUCCUGAAUGUGAUGUUUCACUACAGUCCUUAGAUAUAGAUAGACCAGGAUUUCUAUGGCUGAAUUGAGUGUAUUGUUUUCAAAUUUAAAUAAUGGGAUUUCAAAUAA